AAGGGGACGUCGCCCUCCAUCUCUACCAGCAGCAGAAGCAGGAGCGUGCAGCCUCCGCUCAGUACCAGAAGCACUCCAACCCGGGUCCCUACCCGUCCCAGACCCUGGUGCGGCUGCGCUCCCCGGACCGGGGCACCCUGCCCCGGCUCAGCCCGGCUCAGAAGGCCCAGUCCCAGCAGAACGUGUGCGCCACACCCUCGCUGGACCGACACCACAUGAUCAAGAUGAACUCGCACCCCACGGCCGGGCGGGAGCGAGGGGAGAUGCCAGGGCAGGGGUGGAGGCGGCACCCCGCCCACGCACCCGACCCUGUGGGACCGGGGGGGGCCCCCUCCCGGGGAGCCCCGGUGUGCGCACGCAGAAUGGCGUUCGCUGCCAAGAGACAGAACACCAUCGAACAGCUUCACUUCAUACCAGGGGGGGGCAACCAGGGAGGGGGCAACGGCGGGGGGCAGCAGCUGAGAACGGGGAGUAAGAACGAGGUGACUGUGUGAGAGAGAGCAGGGGAGGGAGGGGGAGAGACGGACGAUCGGGAAGGUUUUUUCAGCCAUAUUUCAGUGCCAUAUUGAAGGCAGGCGAGAGGCGAGAGAUGGGAGGAGAGGAGGAGGAGAGAUGUGUACAGAGUGUACAAAAAGGAUCAGUUGUGAAACGUUUUAGCUAAAAGGCAGUAUUACAGAGAGAGAGGGGGAUGACAGAGGUGACUUUUCAGCCAUAAUUUAGUGCCAUAUUAAAGUAAAAGGAGGAGAGAGGGAGCGAGGGAGGAGAAACAGCGAAGG